AUGGCGACGUCGGUCGCGUCCGAGGUCCACCCGGGCGCCAACCACGCGGACCUCCCCAAGAACUUCGAGCAGGGCGACGUCGAGGAGCGCCUGUACAAGAUGUGGGAGGAGAACGGGUACUUCAAGCCGUCCGAUACCGCCGCGGGCGAGCCCUUCACGAUCGCAAUGCCUCCGCCCAACGUCACCGGAGCGCUGCACAUGGGACACGCGAUGUUCGUCACGCUUCAGGACAUCAUGGCGCGCAACGCGCGCAUGCGCGGCCGUCCCACGCUGUGGCUCCCGGGCACCGACCACGCCGGCAUCGCGACGCAGCUGGUGGUGGAGAGGUCGCUCGAAGCGGAUGGGCUCACUCGCGAGGGCGUCGGCCGAGAGGAGUUUGAGCGAAGGACCUGGGAGUGGAAGAAGGAGUACGGCGGGCGCAUCGGUAACCAGAUCCGGCGUUUGGGCGCGUCGUGCGACUGGUCCCGCGAGAGGUUCACCCUGGACGAGGGCCUGAGCGAGGCUGUGCUCGAGGCUUUCGUCUCCCUUCACGACAGAGGUCUCAUCUACAAGGGAACGUACAUGGUCAACUGGGCGCCCAAGCUGCAAACCGCCGUCUCCGACCUCGAAGUGGAGUACGCCGACGAGCCCGGGACGCUGUACUACUUCAAGUACCCCGUGGAAGGGGGCGAGGGGGACGGCGCGUACCUGCCCGUCGCCACCACCCGCCCGGAGACCAUCUUAGGCGACACAGCUGUGGCGGUGAACCCGGCGGAUGACCGGUUCAAGUCGUUCAUCGGCAAGCGGUGCGUGGUGCCCUUCUCGAACGGCCGCACGAUUCCCAUCAUCGGCGACGAUUACGUGGACAUCGAGUUCGGAACCGGCGCGCUGAAGAUCACCCCGGGACACGACCCGAACGACUACGAGAUUGGCCAACGCGUCGGGUUGCCCACGAUUAACAUCAUGAACAAGGAUGGCUCGAUGAACGGCAACGCGGGAGCUUACGAGGGACUGGACAGGGCCGAGUGCCGAACGAAGCUCUGGGCGGAUAUGGAAUCGCAGGGGAUCGCGAUCAAGUCCGAGCCGUAUCAGACGCGCGUGCCCAGGAGCCAGCGGGGCGGCGAGGUUAUCGAGCCUCUGGUGUCGGAGCAGUGGUUCGUGAAGAUGGAGACGAUGGCAAAGCCCGCGCUGCAGGCGGUGGAGACUGGGGAGCUCACGAUCGUCCCGUCGCGCUUCGAGAAGAUCUACAAGGGGUGGCUGACCGACAUCCGCGACUGGUGCAUCUCGCGACAGCUGUGGUGGGGGCACAGGAUCCCCGUGUGGUACGUUCACGAGAGCCAGGCGGCGUUGGACGCGGCCCGGAGCGGCACGGGAAAGGGCUCCUCGCCGACGUACGUCGUCGCGCGCAACGAGGCGGAGGCGACCGCGAAGGCCAAGGCUGCGCACGGCGAGCACGUGGUGCUGUACCAGGAGGAGGACGUGCUGGACACCUGGUUCUCCUCCGGUCUCUGGCCGUUCUCCACCCUCGGGUGGCCCAACGAGGAAGCCGCGGACCUCGCCAAGUUUUUCCCCACGCAGGUGAUGGAAACGGGGCACGACAUCCUCUUCUUCUGGGUCGCGCGCAUGGUGAUGAUGUCCUACGGCAUGACCGGGAAGUUACCCUUCCACACCGUGUUCCUGCACGGCUUGGUGAGGGACGAGAAGGGCCGGAAAAUGUCCAAAUCGCUCGGCAACGUGGUCGACCCGCUCAACGUCAUCGACGAGCAAGGGUGCGACGCCCUGCGCUUCACCCUCGCCACCGGCACCGCCGCGGGCCAGGACCUCAACCUCAACAUGGACCGCCUCGCGUCCAACCGCAACUUCACCAACAAGAUCUGGAACUCCGGCAAGUUUGUCCUCUACUCCCUCGAGGGCAUGUCGGACGACGAACGCGUCGAGCUCGUCGACGCGGCGGCGGCCGUUCCCUCGUCCCUACCCGACCUGCCCCUCGCGGAGCGGUGGAUCGUGUCCAGGUUGCACGCCGUCGUCGACCACGUCACGUCGGCGCACGACAGGUACGACUUUGGCGAAGCCGGCCGGGCGGCGUACUCGUUCUUCUACGACGAUUUCGCGGAUUGGUUCAUCGAGGGAGCCAAGUCCAGGCUGUACGGCGACGACCCGGCCGCCGCGAAGACCACCAAAGCCGUCGCGCUCUACGUCUUGGACAACACCCUGAGGGUGUUGCACCCGUUCGUGCCUUACGUCACCGAGGAGGUGUGGAGGUCGCUGCCGCACCGCGGAGAUUCCAUCAUGAACCAGAGCUGGCCGCGGCUGGACGCCGAGAGGGACGCCGGCGCGGUCGGCGCGUUCGAGACGGUGCAGGGCAUCGUGCGAUCCAUUCGCAACGCACGCGCGGAGUACGCGGUGGAGCCCGCGAAGAGGAUCCCCGCGUUCGUGGUCAUCUCCGACGCUACUCUAAUGGAAGAGGUGGCGGCGGAGUUGGCGAUGGUCGGCGGUCUCGCCAGGCUCGACGCGGAGGCGUCGCGGGUGUGCGCCGCCGCGCCCGCGGACGCGGUCGAGACGCCGGGCGACUUCGUGCAGACGGUGGUCAGCGACGGCGUCGAGGUGUACCUUCCGCUGUCCGGCAUCGUCGACCCGGCGAAGGAGCUCGCGAGGCUCGGGAAGCAAGCGGGUAAACUGGAGAAGGAGGUGGACGGGCUCGCGGGAAGGCUCAAGUCGCCCAAGUUCGUCGAGAAGGCGCCCGCGGCGGUCGUCGAGAAGAGCAAAAAGGAGCUCGCGGAACUGGAGGAGCAGCUCGCGUCGGUCAGGAGUCGCAUGUCGCAGAUGGAAGCGCUCGCGGCGAAGUGA